CUCUCCUCUCCUCUCCUCCUUCCUCUCCCCUCUCCUGUGUGCGUUUGAGAGUGCAUCUUGGAGCUGACAGCAUGCUGGGACUGCGUUUCCAAAGAAAAAGCUCAGCUCCCUCAGUUUCCCGUCCGUCUUUUUGCCGCUCUCAUUGUCUUUGCCGACAGUGAUAAAGAGAGCAGUUGAACCAGGGGGCCCGCGUGUGUGUGUAUGUGUAUGUGUGUGUGUUUUCACAUCAUUUCUUUUUUGGGAAUAAGAGAAACCAUCGCUGUUUUCUGACUCUGAGAGAAGAAAAGAAGAGACUCCUUUGGAAUUUCCCAAGGAAUUUAUCCUCACAGCUCUGUUAUCCGGGGCUUUCCGUCCUACCGCCGGGGUAUACAAUGUUGUCCACAGUUCCACGCUAGGGGAAUUCUCAGGAGUUCUGUUCUUUCUUCACUCUUGUCUGAAGCAGCGGGUUGCCGUCGAUUGGUUCAAACUGGUUGGGGUCAAAGGGGGCAAUAAUUUCACUGGUGUCAGCGAGGUGAAACUGCAGAAGUCAGCAGCAUGGUGGCAACUGCAUGAACCCAACUGUGUAGCCUCUGUUCUUGUUCUCUUUCCUGAGAUGUCAACUACAGGAUGAGGCCUGCGGCAGGUCUCAGGAGAGAGAAUGCUUUGUGACUUUCACACCUUUUACCUCAAGAGUCAUCCAUGCACACACACAUUCACACCCUGGCGGUGAUGAGCUACAGUGUAGCCACAGCGACCCUGGGAACACUGACAGAAGCAAGGCUGCUGAACACUGGCACCACAAGCCCCUCUACCCACCAUCAGCAGGCAAGCUCUUGAACUGUUGGAGAGGUUGCUCGAGAGCUGAAAGGCUGUGAAAACGCUGCAUCUGAGAAAUCAGACCAGACUGACUCACAGGGCUCUGUGAGCCAGUGCCACCGAGGCUGCCAAAGCAUGCUGGUGCCAAGCUGUCCCACCAUGCACAGAGCCAGACCCACGCUGCUGCUGCUGCCGCUGCUGCUCAUCCAGGGUCUGCUCCUCCACCUCGCCGACGCUGACUCACCACCAAAGUUUUUAAGAACCCCCAAUGACCAAACAGGCGUACAAGGAGGUGUGGCAUCCUUCAUCUGCCAAGCCACGGGAGAUCCGCGGCCGAAGAUUGUGUGGAACAAGAAGGGGAAGAAAGUCAGCAACCAGAGAUUUGAGGUAGUGAUUGAGUUCGAUGACGGCUCUGGUUCCGUGCUAAGAAUCCAGCCAUUGCGCACGCCCAGAGAUGAAGCCAUAUACGAGUGUGUCGCCUCCAACAGUGUUGGAGAGACGAGUGCUACCACCAGACUGACUGUUUUACGUGAGGACCAACUGCCCCCUGGUUUCCCCACCAUAGACAUGGGCCCACAGUUGAAGGUGGUGGAGCGAACGCGCACCGCCACCAUGCUCUGUGCCGCCAGCGGCAACCCUGACCCUGACAUCUCCUGGUUCAAAGACUUCCUCCCUGUCAACACCACCAACAACAUUGGCCGCAUUAAACAGCUCAGAUCAGAAUCCUUUGGUGGUACACCAAUAAGAGGAGCCCUUCAAAUCGAGCAGAGCGAAGAGUCCGACCAGGGGAAGUACGAAUGUGUGGCGACCAACAACGAUGGAACCCGCUAUUCUGCUCCUGCAAACCUUUAUGUCAGAGAGCUACGAGAAGUACGUCGGGUGCCACCGCGCUUCUCCAUCCCGCCUACAGACAAUGAGAUCAUGCCAGGAGGCAGUGUGAAUAUCACAUGCGUGGCAGUAGGCUCUCCCAUGCCGUAUGUCAAAUGGAUGCUGGGUGCUGAAGACCUUACUCCGGAGGAUGAUAUGCCCAUCGGACGCAACGUCUUGGAACUCACGGAUGUGCGCCAGUCGGCCAAUUACACGUGUGUGGCCAUGUCAACCCUCGGGGUGAUUGAGGCUGUAGCCCAGAUAACAGUCAAAGCAUUGCCAAAGGCUCCUGGCAUUCCCAUAGUGACCGAGCGAACAGCCACUAGCAUUACAUUGACCUGGGACUCUGGCAAUCCUGAACCAGUGUCCUACUACAUCAUCCAGCACAAGUCUAAAUACUCAGAGGACUUGUACAAGGAAAUUGAUGGCGUGGCCACAACUCGGUACAGCGUUGGGGGCCUCAGUCCCUACUCUGACUAUGAGUUCAGGGUAAUGGCCGUAAACAACAUUGGACGAGGGCCAUCCAGUGAGAGCAUCGAAGCCAAAACAGCAGAGCAGGCACCGAGCACGGCACCAAGGCAGGUCCGAGGUCACAUGAUGAGUGCCACCACAGCUGUUAUCCAGUGGGAUGAACCAGAGGAGCCCAAUGGACAGAUCAUGGGCUACAGGGUCUACUACACCAUGGAUCCCACCCAACAUGUCAACCUCUGGGAGAAGCAGAUUGUUCGGGGGUCUAACUUUGUUACCAUCCAGGGCCUCAUCCCAAAUAGGACCUACUACAUUAAGGUGUUGGCUUAUACUUCCGUAGGUGAUGGACCUCUCUCUCCAGACCUGCAAAUCAUUGCUAAGACCGGAGUUCCCUCCCAGCCGACCGACUUUAAAGGGGAAGCCAAAUCAGAAACAAGCAUUUUACUUUCAUGGAAUGCUCCAGCACAGUCUGGACAGGAAAACCAAGUCAUGGGAUACGAACUCUUGUACAAAAAGAGGGAUGAAAGGGAAGAGAAACGAAUCAGCUUUGAGCCGACAACAACGUACCUUCUGAAGGACUUGAAACCCUUCACUACUUACGCUUUUCGCCUGGCGGCACGUAGUAAACAUGGAGUCGGGGCUUACACCAGCGAGAUCUCUGCAGAAACACCACAGACACAACCCGCAGGCCCACCUCAGGAUGUAAAUUGUUAUAGCCCCAGCUCCACCAACAUCCGGGUAAGUUGGCGGCCACCCCCAAUGGAGUUACAAAACGGGAUCAUAACCCAGUACGUCAUCCAAUAUGCUGCAACCGAAGGCGAUGAUACAACAGCUCGUCAAAUCUCCAACAUCCCACCGGAAAGCUCUGAGUACCUUUUGGAAAACUUGGAAAAAUGGACAGAGUACCGUGUGACGGUCAUUGCUCAUACUGACGUUGGAGCAGGACCGGAGAGCCUGCCGCAGCUUGUCCGCACAGAGGAGGAUGUUCCUAGUGGGCCACCUCGUAAAGUUGAGGUGGAGGCUGUCAACUCUUCAUCAAUUAAAGUGAUCUGGCGUUCGCCGGUGCCUACCAAGCAGCACGGUCAGAUCCGAGGAUACCAGGUGCACUAUGUCAAGAUGGUUAAUGGGGAGCCCACAGGACAGCCAGUCAUCAAGGACAUCCUGAUUGAUGAUGCCCAGUGGGAGUAUGACGAUUCAACUGAUCAUGAAAUGAUCAUCCCAGAGCUUCAGGCUGAGACCACAUAUUCAGUAACAGUGGCAGCCUACACCACAAAAGGGGAUGGUGCUCGUAGCAAGCCCAAACUCAUCACCACCACUGGUGCAGUUCCAGAGAAACCUCGUCUUAUGGUCAGUACUACUAACAUGGGCACAGCUCUACUCCAAUGGCAUCCCCCAGCAGUAACACAUGGGCCCCUGCAAGGUUAUCGCCUUCGCUUUGGUCGCAAAGACGUGGAUCCAUUGACUGUUAUUGAGUUCCCAGAGCGAGAAAACCACUACACAACCAAAGAGAUUCAUAAGGGGGCCUCAUACACUUUCCGCCUUUCAGCACGUAACAAGGUGGGCUUUGGCGAAGAGACGGUCAAAGAAGUUACCACAAACGAGGACGUUCCAAGCGGCUACCCUCAGAACAUUAAAGCCGAGGGUGCCACCACCUCCACUGUUCAGGUCAGCUGGCAGCCCGUGCUGCUGGCAGAGAGAAACGGUCAAAUAGUAAAAUAUGCUCUGCAAUACAAAGACAUCAACAGCCCACGCAGUCCCUCCGAGCUCUUCAUCACUGCCCCAGAAUCGACUGUCCUCCUGGAUGGCCUUAGAGCAGACACCACUUAUGAUAUUAAAAUGUGUGCCUUCACCAGCAAGGGCUCUGGUCCCUAUAGCCCAAGUGUCCAGUUCAGAACACAGCCCGUGGAUCAAGCAGUGUUUGCAAAAAAUUUUCACGUGAAAGCUGCUAUGAAGACUUCUGUAUUACUGAUGUGGGAUAUUCCAGACUCUUACAAUGCUGCACAACCUUUCACUAUCCUCUAUGAUAAUGGGCAGAGUGUGGAGGUGGACGGCAAGUUAACACAGAAGCUUAUCACGGGCCUUCAACCAGAGACUCAAUACUCCUUCCUCUUGACCAACCGCGGCAACAGUGCCGGAGGUUUGCAGCAUCGAGUGUCAACAAUGACUGCUCCAGACGUGCUACGCACCAAGCCCUACAUGGUUGGAAAGACCAACUCAGAUGGAAUGGUAACUGUAGAGCUACCAUCAGUGCAGACGUCUGAGAGAGUAUGGGGGUAUUACGUCGUGGUUGUACCACUGAAGAAGCAGCGCACUGGGAAAUUUUUCAAACCAUGGGACAGUCCUGAUGAGAUGAACUUGGAUGAGCUGCUGAAGGAGAUAAACCAAACUAGCCGAGGCCUUCGUUUCCAGAGGCACGCGGAACCCAAAGCCUAUAUCGCUGCCUACUUCAAAGACCUGCCCAAGGAGUUCACCCUGGGAGAUGGCAAGAUCUACGGAGACUUUGAAAACAAGCAACUCCAGAAUGGCCAGGAAUACAUCUUCUUUGUGCUUGCUGUGCUGGAGAUGUCUGAAAAUAUCAUGUAUGCCACCAGCCCUUACUCCGACCCAGUUAUCUCAGCAGACAUUGAUCCGCAGCCAAUCAUUGAUGAGGAGGAAGGUCUCAUCUGGGUGGUGGGCCCUGUGCUGGCAGUUGUCUUCAUCAUAUGCAUUGUCAUUGCCAUCCUUCUUUAUAAGAGAAAACGGGCAGAAACAGAAGCAAGAAAAGGAAGUCUGCCCAACAGCAAAGAAAUGCCACUUCAUCAUCCAACUGAUCCCGUCGAGCUCCGGCGUCUCAACUUCCAAACUCCCGGUUCAGGUGCAUCCAGUUACCCCAGUAAUCUCCAUUUGUCAAGUAUGGCUAGCCACCCUCCAAUCCCCAUCAUGGAGUUAGCUGAUCAUGUAGAGCGCCUGAAAGCCAACGACAACCUCAAGUUUUCACAGGAAUAUGAGUCCAUCGACCCUGGCCAACAGUUCACAUGGGAGCACUCCAACCUGGAGGUCAACAAACCAAAGAACAGAUACGCCAAUGUAAUUGCCUACGAUCACUCCAGAGUUCUACUCUCUGCUAUUGACGGAAUCCCGGGAAGUGAUUAUAUCAAUGCUAACUACAUAGACGGCUACAGGAAGCAAAAUGCUUACAUUGCUACCCAAGGAUCUCUGCCGGAGACAUUUGGGGAAUUUUGGAGGAUGAUCUGGGAGCAGAGGAGCGCCAUCGUCGUCAUGAUGACCAAACUGGAGGAGAGGUCCAGGGUAAAAUGUGAUCAAUACUGGCCCACCAGAGCGACGGAGACGUACGGUCUCAUCCAAGUAACGUUGCUAGAUACAGUAGAGUUGGCCACUUACUGUGUCAGGACAUUUGCACUUUUUAAAAACGGCUCCAGCGAGAAGCGAGAGGUGAGGCAGUUCCAGUUCACCGCCUGGCCAGACCACGGGGUACCAGAACACCCCACUCCAUUUCUCGCCUUCCUGAGACGGGUGAAAGCCUGCAACCCUCCAGACGCAGGGCCCAUGGUGGUGCACUGCAGUGCUGGAGUUGGACGCACGGGUUGCUUCAUUGUGAUUGAUGCCAUGCUGGAACGUAUCAAGCACGAGAAGACCGUGGAUAUCUACGGACACGUAACGCUAAUGCGUGCCCAGCGCAACUACAUGGUGCAGACAGAAGACCAGUACGUCUUCAUACACGACGCGCUCCAGGAGGCCGUCAAUUGCGGCACCACCGAAGUGCCCGCCAGAAACCUCUACGCCUACAUCCAGAAACUGACUCAGACAGAAGGUGGAGAGAAUGUCACUGGCAUGGAACUUGAGUUCAAGCGUUUAGCUAACACUAAAGCCCACACAUCACGAUUCAUCAGUGCCAAUCUCCCCUGCAACAAGUUCAAGAACCGCCUUGUUAACAUAAUGCCAUACGAGUCCACGCGAGUGUGUCUUCAGCCCAUCCGAGGAGUUGAAGGCUCAGACUACAUCAAUGCCAGUUUCAUCGAUGGGUACAGGCAACAGAAAGCUUACAUUGCAACACAGGGACCACUGGCAGAGACCACAGAAGACUUCUGGAGAAUGCUCUGGGAGCACAACUCCACCAUUGUAGUCAUGCUCACCAAGCUUAGAGAAAUGGGCAGGGAAAAAUGCCACCAGUACUGGCCGGCAGAGAGAUCAGCCAGAUAUCAGUACUUUGUGGUGGACCCCAUGGCUGAAUACAACAUGCCCCAGUACAUCCUGAGGGAGUUUAAAGUGACUGAUGCCAGGGACGGACAGUCACGGACAGUAAGGCAGUUCCAGUUCACAGACUGGCCUGAACAAGGAGUGCCAAAAUCAGGCGAGGGGUUCAUCGAUUUUAUUGGACAGGUACAUAAAACGAAAGAGCAGUUCGGCCAAGAUGGGCCAAUCACAGUCCACUGUAGCGCGGGUGUUGGUAGGACUGGAGUUUUCAUCACCCUCAGCAUUGUCUUGGAGCGAAUGAGAUACGAGGGUGUAGUAGACAUCUUUCAGACGGUGAAAAUGCUACGGACACAAAGACCGGCUAUGGUACAGACAGAGGAUCAAUACCAAUUCUGCUACAGAGCUGGCUUGGAAUAUUUGGGAAGCUUUGAUCACUAUGCAACGUAAAACACCCAGUACUGGAAGAUAAAAGUGGAGGGCCCCUUGGAAAAAGCGAGCCUCUCUUCUGAGCCAUAAAAUUCCUGCUUGAGAAAGUACUCCUUAACUCCUUGCUAACAGUUCGUUAAGUGUCGGAUGUGUGACGUGACUCGUCAAUAAAAUGAAAAAGAAUUUCCGGAGGACCAACUAUUUCCGUAACCCCUUUCCUGCUCCAAUAACAAACUUCGCCUUGGUACAAGACAAGGGAAUCCUGACUUUUGAAGCAUCAUGUGGAAUUACUUUUUUUGUUUGCUUCAAGGAUUCAUUUUGGGGGCUCAGAAAAACUCAAUGAAACUAACACAAGAAAAAAAACUGAACACUUCUCGAACAAUACCGCCAGAAAUGCAUCAGUGAUAAUGACCCAUAACGAGAGAUGACGGAGGCACACGGAAAUGCAGAUGGACACGACUCGAUAUGCACUGUAAAACAAAAAAACAAUCACAAUCAGUCCACAUCAUCACAAAAGAAGACUAUACGUGGUCAACAAGAGCAAGACAGACUUAAAGUAAUAAUGAAUAAAAAUAUCCCUUUUUUCACUAAGUUUAUCAUUUCAAUUUGGGGCAGAGUCAAAACGAAAUAAAAACUAUUGAUUUAGUUUUUUAGUAUUUUAUUAUUCAGCUGAUGUGCUUUUUUUGAACUGUGUGAUUUUUCUUUUUUUACAACAACUUAUCGCUUGAAGGGGGAAAAGCAACAAAACAUGUUUGGUUCUGUUGUUGAUUUUUAAAGCUGUAGAAGUUUUCUAACGUAUGUGCCGUUUCUUGCAGAGAAUUGUCGUUUUCAUUUUGUUACACAUGGUGCAAAAGAACUCACACAAACCAAAACACAACUUUGUUUAAAAGUUACGUUUUGGUCAGUGUGCUCAUUUUUAUUUUUUUGUUUAUUGUUCACAAUUACUUUCAUUGUAACUUAAUUACUUCCAUUAUGAAAACUGGGGAUUUGCUGAAUCAACAGGGAUGAGCAAAGUAUGAAGCUGCUGCUACCAAUUAUCUUAGUUCUUCCAUUUUUCAAUGAUACGAGAGAAUUUGAUGAAUUGAAAAAGAGAAUAUAUACACAUAUACAUAUAUAAGAUUAUGGUACAGAUUGUUGAAUAUGUGUGAAAUAUGUAUAUGAAAGUAUAGAUACAACAGUACAUAUAUAGAUAAAUUAUAUACAGAGGUGUUUGAAAGCUUUCAGGGUGAGAGGUAUGUGCUAGGAGGGAAAUGAAUAUAUUUUUCACUGGAAUGCACAUCAGUAAGACAAAACUGUAUUCUGAUUCAGUGCAUAUUUUUUCUUGUGCAAUAACUGUGUUUUAGAUUAGGUUUUUAUGUGGAUAUGUCAUUCACUCAUGGCAUUAUUAUAAUCCCCUACCAAUAACCCAGGUAGUACCAUAUGGCAGUCUGAUUAAAGCGGGGUCCUUCACAGUAACACCGACAGUAAAUGGUACGGACUUCACUUUUGUUUUCGUGAUAUAUAUCUAUACAUAUAUAGAUACAGAUAUGUUUGUUUCUUUUUGCAUUUAGAGUGCCUUAUAUUUAUGCCUGUUUUUAUAAUGUUUCCUUUAUCGUUAAUGUAUCCUUUCCAUAAUGUAAGCUUUUAGUGUAAAUUGCAAUGUAGAGUUAUUUACCCAUCAUUUGUCACAAGAUGAGAUUAUAAUAUAUGCAAAUAAGAGCAUUUUAGAGGUCGGAGAUUUCAUUUUCAGUGGCCUUAUCACGGCUGAGUGAAUUAGAGUAAAAGAGUGGCUGUUAAAACACAGAUGAGAUGGAGGGGAAAAAAGUACCACAUCUCCACAGGCCCAGAGUUUUAAGGUGGAUAACUUCUAUUUUUAAAGUAGAUUUGGUGAAAGCAUGCACACUGAAAGUUCUCCGUGCCAUCUGAGGUCAUGCGAGAGUGGAUUUAGAGAAAACAAAACACCCAUUCUGUUAUCCUGACAAUCCUGAACAGUUGUGGGUGUUUUUAUUUUUUUUUGUUUUUGUUUUUUUCGUAAAACAGGAUUUUAUUUAUUGACCUUUCUUAUGGCUUUGUGGAUGUGCAUUCCAGGUGCUUUCCUUUCCCCUUAUCAACUCAAGUUAUUUUUUAUUUAUAUUUUUCUGCUUUCCUGUCUAUAUAAUAAUUUUCUUCAUCUAGUUUUAUGUUCAUCAAUUUAUUUUUUUAAAUGCAUGGUAAAGAAUUGCAGAGUUGGCCAAAAACUGGUCAAAGUAGGGAAGACUUGCACUUUCUCUUUGUACUAUGCACUGCCCUAUUGAUUCAAAACCCAAUAAUAUAUUACUUGAACACAUCUAUUAUUGGAAGAAAAAACCUCCUCAAACAUUCACUUUGUGUGUAUGUAAAUAACACAGAAAAGGUGUUAACCUUUUGGAGGAAAAGACAAAAAAAAGUCUGUUGGUGGGGAAAAGAGCAUCGAUCUGAUGCCAUAGUAACUCCAGCAGAUAACUUCAGAUGAAUCUGCCCCUCCGUGACCAUCUGUUCUUGUGGCUUUGCCAUUCAAGCUUGGAGUGUCAUUAACAGAAAUAAACGUUGUGUUCUCUGCUCUCUCUAUCUAUCUCUCGUCUGGAUGCAUAGACUGAUAAAUAAAUAAUGAAAUUGUAAAAAGAAAAAAAAGGCUUGUUAAAAAGAUUAUACAAUUACCUCUGAUUAGUUGUAAGCGUAAACUGUUUCUUUUUUCUGAAUGAAAGGAGUGCUUUUUAUUUUCUUACUUAGGUCACAUUGGUGGAGAAAGAAGUCUGUAAGAAAAUCAGUUCUUUGCUGACACGAGUUCCAUUUGUUAUAAAUGAAUUCUAUUAAAAAAUGUCAGUGUUA